AUGAUUGCGCCUAGUUGUGAUGCCGACUUGGCCUCUACAUCUAUUCCGCAGAAAAGGAAACCACCUAAACUACGUCGUAAACAACCUCUACCUCAUAGUCGCGACGGAGAAGUAGCGAAGGAACCAUUUCUUGACACACUAAGCACCCAAAAACAAGCUGUCGUUUCCAGGACGUCCGACGAUGAAUCGAGCUUUGAGGAUGCGUUGGAAGGGAAGUCCUCAACCAUCGAGGCUCAAGUCCAACCGGUCCCUCAACGACAACGCCAGACUCCUCGGAAUAAGUCAUUUCAUAACGAGGAGGAGCGCGACGUGGCCGACGAUGAAGAUGCUCCCCUCUCUGCUGAACGUCAGAGACUCAGACGGGGCCGACGCGGCGAGCAAGCGCUCAUUCAGUUAAACGCUAUUCACAAUGUUGGCAGACCAGUCAGACAGUCCAGCGAUUUGGUGCGCAAUAGGACUGAGCGCAUGGUGGGAACGAUUACAGAUCCGGAUGGGCGAGUUCUCGGGAGGCCAUUAAAGAAAAAUGAACCGCUAAAGAAGGAGAAGGACGAACAGUUGAGGUUGCGCUUGGAGUUGAACCUGGACCUGGAGGUUCAGCUGAAAGCGAAGAUCUCCGGAGACCUGACGCUCACAUUAUUGUUAGUGUCUGCCCCUGCUCACAAUGGAUUCGGUUAUUCAUUGCUGACUGAAUGGAAGGAAAUAGGCAGUAAUGGGGUUGGAUUGGAAUUCAUGUCGAGAAAACCAGUCAGCCAAUGCGUAGCCAUGAGCAAAAGUCCAAAAAGGCAACCCCAGAAAGGGGAUGGGGAAACAGGAAAAACUUAA